AUGUCAGAGCUUGGACAGCUGGUGACUGGGACCAGCGGUGCAUUUUACAAGAGUCUGGGCGCUGGGGAGAAAUACCUGGUUGUACAACAAGUGACGGCGGCCAUCAGGGAUAGCUUCUACUAUCUAUGCGGUGUUACUGCCAUUGGUUUCAUCACGUCUGUCUUCCUCAGCGGGCUGGAGCAGAUCCAGUGA